AUGGAUCUACUGGUCUCUUUGCGUUUCAGAAUGGAUAAAUCCUGGAUGAGUACUGAUAGAACGAAGAAACGUUAUAGAGAAGGAGUUGCGGCGUUUCUGCGGUAUGCUGUCAACCAUCUCAAGGAGGAGGGUGAGACAUAUGAUGAAUUUCUUAUGUUGUGUCCGUGUACAAAUUGUUUAAAUCUCUGUGCAUGCUCCGUUGGCGACGUAGAAGAUCAUUUAUUCGUAAAUGGAAUCGAUCAAACGUAUACUAUUUGGAAUAAGCAUGGGGAAAAGGAUGAGGCAAUAACUAGUAGUAAGCCAGUUAACGUCAACAAUGGUAUGCACGCUGAAUUUGAAAUGGGAACUCCCACUGAUGCUCCAGACGAAGAUUUUGGAAUGGGAACUCCCACUGAUGCUCCAGACACUAUAGAUAUGAUGCAGGCUGCAGAAGAGUUCGCAGAUGACCCUAUAAAGUUUAAAAAGUUACUUGAAAAUGCUGAAAAGCCCUUAUACGAAGGAUGUCCCAACUUCACAAAGUUGUCUGCAAUUGUGCAGUUGUUUAAGUUGAAGAGUAAGCACGGUGCAUCAGACAUGUUUUUUAAUGAAUUGUUACCCUUGUUAAAGGACAUGCUUCCCAAAGAAGGUAAUUUAAUGGCGAGGAGUACAUAUCAGGCAAAAAAAAUAUUGAAAUCAAUGGGUUCAGGGUACACAAAGAUACAUGCAUGUAUCAACAACUGCAUUCUUUAUUGGAAUGAGUACAAGGAUGAAAAAGUGUGUCCUACUUGUAAAGCACCCAGAUGGAAAGUUGACAGGGAUGGUAAAGUUUACGAGAAUGUUCCAGCAAAGGUAUUGUGGUACUUCGACAUCAUCCCAAGAUUUCAGCGGCUGUUUCAAUCGAAGCACACAGCAAAAGAUUUGAUAUGGCACGAUACCACUAGAAACAAAGACGGUGUUUUACGUCAUCCGGCAGACUCACAUGCUUGGAGAGAGAUAGAUAACAAUUUCCCAGAAAUUAAAGGUGAUCCAAGAAAUCUGCGGUUAGCUGUUUCGGCUGAUGGAGUUGAUGUAAACACAGGCACCAAACAUCACAGUGGAAAGAGAACAUGGGAUGCAUAUGCCCAAGAAAUGUUUACUCUACGUGCAGUUGUUUUGUGGACGAUAAACGAUUAUCCUGCUCUUGAAGAUUUUUACCCUAUGAGCAUCCGUUCAGAAGGCAGAAGGGGGCAUUUGGCGGAAAAAAAGUGGGAGACUGCUCCAGAACCAAUGACCGGGGAAGAAAUAUAUGAGGAGAAUGUGGGACAAAGUCUUGUUGGAACGUUGCUGCACAACGGGAAUACAAAAGAUGGAUUAAACGCCAGAAAGGAUUUGGUGCGUUUGGGGUUAAAAUCGGAGUUACACCCUAAGACAGAUGACAAAGGAACGAUACUUCCCGCAGCAUGUUAUACAUUAACUACGGAAGAAAAAGACAUAUUCUUGGAGACACUAUCCGAGUUAAGAGUUCCAGAAGGAUCAAUAUCUGCCAAAGAAAUCAUGGUGGAAGAGCUAGAUAAAUUGCAAGAGGAUCUCUGUGUGACGUUAUGCUUACUAGAGAAGGAAGUGAAGUUAUGCGGUCCGGUUUGCUUUCGAUGGAUGUAUCCUUUCGAAAGGUGUAUGAAGGUUAUAAAGGGGCAUGUGCGAAACAAGAAUCAACCUUGUGGAUGCAUUGCCGAAGAGAAUGUUGCAGAAGAGACGAUUGAGAUAUAUUGUGAGUACCAUAAAAGCAUCAGGACAAUUGGUAUUCCACUAGAUAGGCAUAAUACAUCUCAGGAGGGAGAACCGUUAUCAGCUGAAGAGCCGUGUAUAGUUACCCCUGAACAGUUGAGACAAGCACAUUUCUAUGUAAUGCAGAACACGCCUGAAAUUGAGCCUUACAUAGACCGACACAAGCUAUAUUUGGAAACUAACUAUUCUACUAAAAAGCGAGCAUGGCUAGAGAAAGAGCACUCUAACACUUUUGGCGCUUGGUUAAAAAAUGAGGUUGAAAAAGAGUUGGCAGACGACAGAGAAAGUAUCUCAGAGAACUUAAGAUGGAUAUCACACGGCCCGCACUACGAGGUAACGAAAUACACUGUAUAUCGCAUCAAUGGAUAUCUAUUCCGCACAAGAUCCCGUGAUGGUAGAAUUCACCAGAAUAGUGGGGUUAGCGUUGCAGCAAAUGACAUGCACAUAUCUAGAGAUGAUGAUGUUACAUAUGGUAAAGCCUCUUAUUAUGGUGUCUUGCAAGAGAUAUGGGAGUUAGAUUACUGUGAAAGAAAAGUUCAUCUGUUCAAGUGCAAUUGGGUUGAUAAUAAACGUGGGGUCAAAAGAGAUGCUCUUGGCUACAAGAUUGUUGACCUUACUAUGUUGGGAUACAAAAAUGAUCCUUUUAUUUUAGCCUCACAAGCUAAGCAGGUAUUUUAUGUCAAAGACCAGUUAGAUAAGAAAAAGUCUAUUGUUUUUGUGACACCUCCCAAAAAUUAUAGAGAUGACGAUGGCAACGAUGAGGAAUUCAGUACAGUAAUCUUUUCUGCGAAUGAUAAUAUCUUGCCGUCUGUAGAUCCACAAGACUUGGGUAAAGAAUCCCGAAAUGAUUACUUCCGAACUGACUGCCGAGGUUUACUUAUACGCAAGCCAAAAUGA